UCUCUAAAAAUUUUAAUAGAUUAUUCUCCAAGUUUGUUAUCUUUUCUAUUUCUUUUCCGAUUUGUAAUUCGUUCCCCAGAUUUUCGUUUUUAAAACUUUUUGGUAAAAUUUCUACUCCUUUCUUACCCUCCUUCAUUUCUUCUUUGUCCUCUAUUUUCUCUUCUUCCGUCUCUUCCUUCCUUUCUUCUUUUCUCUUUUCCUCUUCCUUCUCUUCUCUUUCCUUUGCCUUCUUUUUUUCUUCAUCAUCUUCUUCUUUUGCUUCCUCUUUUUCCUUCUUUUCUUCUUUUACCUUUCCUUCAUUUUUUAAAUUUUUUUCACUUUCAAUUUUUGAUUCCUUAACCAAACUCUCCUUUUUAUCAAUGUUUUUUGGAUAAAUUUCCACAUCCUCCUUCACCUUCAUUACUUUUUCUUCCUCCUCUUCUGAUUUUCCUACUUCAUUUUUUAAUUUUUCAUGUUUUAAAGGAUUGUUUCCGAUUAUUGUCGUUUUCUCCUCAUUUUUAGAAAUUUUUGGGCAAAUCUCCAUUAUCUCUUCCUUAUCUUCAAUUAAUCUUAGAUUUUUUGAUUUAUCUUUCUUUUCUUUUUCAGCCGUCUCUGGUUUAUCUUCUUCCUUUCUUUCCUUUGCCUCCUCUUCUUUCAUCUUCAUUUUCAGGCGAUCUUUUUCUUCUUCUAACUUUUCUACUUCUUCACUUUUUAAUUCUUCAAGUUUUGAAGUAAAAUUAAUUUUGUUAUCUAAACUUAAUUCCUUUUUUGUUUUAAUUUCUUCCUCAAUUCUAAUAGGCAUCUUUCCUUUAAUAUCUUUAAUUUCUACAAUUUCUUCCUUUUUAAUAUUAUUUAAAGAAAACUCUUCCUUUUCUUCUUCCUCUUUUGUCUUCUUUUGUAUUUCUUUCUCCUCUUCUUUUUCUUCUCCCUCCAUUCCUUUAACCUCCUUUCCUCCCAUCUUUCCCUUCAUUGCUUCCUUCUCUUCCUCGUUAACAACAUCCUCCAAAUCUCUCUCUUCCUUCUCUUCUUCAUCUGCUUCAAAUUUUUCAAAAAUCUUCGACGAACCUUCAUUUUUCUUAUCCAAAUUUAAUUUAUUUUUCCUUUUAUUUUUCUUUUUUGAUUUAUUCUUCUUUGUUUUUCCUUUACUAUUUAUUAAUUCUUUUUUCAUUAUAUUUUCAUUUUCAUUUAAACUAUCUUUAUCAGAAGAUGUUGAAAUACUUUCUUUUUCCUCCUUAUUUUUAGAAUUUAAAAUUCUAUAAAUUUCAUCGAUAGAAUUUUCUGGUAUCAUUGAUAAAAGAUUGGUUUUUGUUGAAUUGUUUAAGUCUAAAACUGAAUAAGGGUAAUAAUUACUUUUGUUGAUUAAUUGCCCCCUCUCUAAUAACCACACAGAAUAGCUUCGUUAUAAAUUUUGAUUUGACAAAGUUAUGACCGUUUGUUUUUACCCCUUCCACAAGGUCUACGCGGAAAAAAGUUUUUGCCGCUGCGGAGGAAGCCGGGCAUGUCGAGCGGAACGACGGCCGCCGCUUCGCUACGUUCGCCGCAACCGUAGCGAAGCGGCACCCCCCUAUGGUUUUUCAAUUUUCCGUGACCUAUAA